AUGCGUUUCCGAGCAGAUAUCAAGAACAACAACGUCCUCACAAAGUUGGCGGCUUCACUUGCCUCAUUGGGUCCAGUCGCAUGGGUCAAGUUAAGUAAUGAAGAUGUCCGCUUCACUAUUAUCCCUGAUCAAGGCUCGUCAGCUUGGGCACCUAACCUUGUGCAGGAUCAAAUAUUCGAGACAUACACUAUUCAGUCUGCCGCAGAGAACAACACGAUCAAUCUUGAAGUGCCAUUGCAAAAUCUUCAUCGAGCGCUGAAGUCGGCUCAGAACGCCAGCCAUGCAUCGAUUCGCCUGACGAAGAAGAACAACAUCCCGCUUCUUUCAUUAACAAUCACAACCGCAAUAUUUGCCGGCGCUCCGAAAUCGACGUUCCAGAGUGGUCCUCCGGAGGAGUACGGCUACAAUACAGGCUUCCCACCAAGCGAUGAAUUCGGUAACCAAUUCCCGGCAGACGACGUCGACGAGCCUGUGUAUGAUCGGCCGAAUCGGGAAACCAUCAUCACCCAAGACAUUCCCAUCAAAGUCCUUUCCCCUGCCGUCGUCUCUGGUCUUCAUGAACCACGGUCAAGAGAACCAGAUGUUCAUAUCGUGCUUCCACCCUUACUCCAGCUCAAAUCUAUCUCUGAUCGCUUCACCAAACUCGCUGUCUCGAGCACAAAAACGCCGAAUGGGUCAUCUGGUUUCAGAGGUAGUACAGCAAGGACACCGAAACUAGAGUUGAGCGCAAACAUGCAUGGAUGCUUGAAGUUGAGGUUGAAGACUGAUGCCAUGGAUAUCAGCUCCAGGUGGACUGGCCUUAGUAAUCCAGAACUGGAUCCGACGACUGUGGAAGGUGGUGAAGAGGGUAUCGCGCAACAUCCUAGUACACUCAUGCGGUCACGAGGUGAUCCUGAGGGAAUCAGUGAUGAAGGCUGGGCAGUGGUAAGAUUGGAUGGCAAGGAUUGGGGCAAGGUGUUGGGUAUUGGAAGAGUGGGUGGAAGAGUCAUUGCUUGCUUUUGUAAUGAGCAUGCAUUGAUAUUGUAUGUCUACCUUCCGAAUGAAGAGGUUGAUGUUGCAGAAUCAGUGAUUACAUACUAUAUUAGUUCAUACAGUCAAUAG